UGUUGUGUGAAGCCAUCAUACAGGAUGUCACGCUGUCUUUUUCCUUUUCACCUCUUGGUGUCAGUAGUGAGACCAAGCGACAUUGACUUGGCCUCAUCCUUAAGAAGAGAAGAAGAAGACGACGAAGCAGAAGAAGAAGAAGCAGCAGCCGAAGAAGAAGAAGAAGAAGAAGAAGAAGGGGCGGAGCUGGAUGUUUGAAAGUCGCGGGCAGGAACGACACCCCUUUCAAGAGAUUGGCUUCAUUACACUUUUUUCCUGCUAUCAUUAUCAACGAUUGAGAAUUAUUUCAGGUUGCACAUUCGCUUCGUGACGGUUACUUUGGUUGUCUGUAAUCAUUAGUUGCCUCUGUUGGGUAAUUUUCUGUGAAAGAAACGACGCUGGAGAAGAGGCGGAGAGAUUAUCUAGAAUUUCCAUCAUGACCAACGAGGAUGCAAAGGUGAUACCAGUGCGGGUCGCCUUGCGCUGUCGUCCUUUAGUGCCAAAAGAAAUCAAUGAGGGAUGUCAGUGCUGCCUCACAUUUGUGCCGGGAGAACCACAGGUGGUGGUUGGCACAGAGAAGGCGUUCACCUACGACUACGUAUUUGAUCCCACUGUAGAGCAGGAAGAGGUCUUCUCUACUGCUGUGUCCCCCUUAAUACGUGGGCUAUUAAAAGGCUACCAUGCCACUGUGCUUGCAUAUGGACAGACCGGCUCUGGGAAGACCUUCUCCAUGGGGGGUGCGUACACAUCGGCUCAAGAGAAUGAUCAGUCUGUUGGUGUUAUUCCACGAGUCAUCAGGAGGAUCUUUGACGAAAAGGAAAAGAGGGGAGACUGUGAAUUCAGCAUGGCAGUGUCAUAUCUGGAGAUCUACAAUGAGGAUGUAUUGGAUUUGUUGUGUCCCGCUAAAGAGAAACCUGCUAUGAGCAUUAGGGAAGACCCCAAAGAAGGUAUCAAGAUUGUGGGCUUGACUGAGAAGCGGGUGGUCUCCGCUCACGAGAUGGUAGCCUGCCUGGAGCUCGGCAACUCCGCUCGCACCGUGGGCUCCACGGCCAUGAACGCUGCCUCAUCACGCUCGCAUGCUAUCUUCACCAUCACACUGGAGCAACGCAAAGGGAAAGACAAAGUCGACUCUGUUUCCAAACUGCAUCUUGUGGAUCUGGCUGGUUCGGAAAGGCAGAAGAAAACCAAAGCGGAGGGGGAUCGUUUAAAGGAAGGCAUCAGCAUCAAUCGAGGCCUUUUGUCUUUGGGCAAUGUGAUCAGUGCCCUGGGGGAUGAAAGCAAGAAAAAUGCCUUUGUCCCUUACAGAGACUCCAAACUCACUCGCCUGUUACAAGAUUCCCUUGGAGGCAACAGUCACACGCUGAUGAUCGCGUGCGUCAGUCCUGCAGACUCAAACAUGGAGGAGACCAUCAACACGCUGCGAUACGCUGACCGAGCUCGGAAGAUUAAAAACAAGCCUGUUGUGAACAUCGACCCCAGAGUGGCAGAGAUGAGCCGUUUGAAGCGACAGGUUCAGGAGCUGCAGGUGAUGCUUCUUCACGCCCGUGGAGGAGUCGCGCCGGUGCUGUCUGGGCCAGAGUCUGGCGAGAAUGUGAAAAAGCUGCUGGAAAAGAACCGCAGUCUGCAGGACGAGAACAACAAAUUGAGCAAGGAGCUGAGUGAGACUGCAGGACAAACCGCACUCAUGUUUGAGAAAAUCAUUAUGAGUGAACAAACAAAUGAGAAACUGCAAAGCAAACUUGAACAACUGCAGCAUCAUGCAGCUUGCACAGUCAAUCUUGAGAAGGUUUUGGAGACACUAGAGGAUCAAGAGUUGAAGGAAAACGUUGAGGUGAUGAAGAACCUGCAAGAUGUUAUCUUGGAGCUCAAGCGUGAGAGUGCGGGCAUUGCUGCCUCUAUUGACGCCAUGGCUGCUGGAGGGGACGUGUCAGAUGUACUGGGCAAUGCCACAACAAACGCAGCAGAUGAGUCCUCAUCUGAUACCAAUGGAACUGCUGGCAAGAACUCCCUAGAUGGCUUUACAGCGCAUCACGCGCUGCAGCAGGCCCAGCUGUCCAAAGAGCUGAUUGAGCUGAACAAAGUGUUGAGUUGGAAGGAGGCCUUGGUCAAGAAGAUGUGCCAGAAUGAUAGCCAGCUGGAGUCCGUGCAGUCAGAGCAACAGAACAAUAUGCCGGAUCUGCAGAUGGCAGUGAACUCUCUGCAAAAGGAGAAAGAGGAGCUAGUGUUGGCACUUCAGUCUGCAAAGAAAGACACCAACCAGGCUAAGCUGAGUGAACAGCGCAGGAAGCGUCUGCAGGAGCUGGAGGGCCAGCUGGUUGACAUGAAGAAGAAGCUUCUUGAACAGUCCAAAAUGCUCAAACUCAAAGAGUCAUCUGUUCAGAAAGUUAACAAGCUCAUGCAGGAGAUACAGGCGAUGAAGUCCCAGCGUAUACAGCUAAUGAGACAGAUGAGGGAUGACUCUGAGAAGUUUCGAAUCUGGAAGAGCAAGAAGGACAGAGAGGUGCUUCAACUGAAAGAGAAGGAUCGUAAGCGUCAGUAUGAGUUGCUUAAACUCGAGAGGGAUUUCCAGAACCAGGCUAAUGUCUUGCGUCGGAAAACGGAGGAGGCUGCAGCUGCAAACAAGCGCCUGAAAGUUGCUCUGCAGAAGAGAAGCGAAGUUGUGGAGAAGCGAAAAGACAGUCAAAACCGAGGGAUAGAAGGAGCUGCUGCAAAAGUGAAGAAUUGGCUUCUCAAUGAGGUGGAGGUUAUGGUUAGCACAGAGGAGGCCCGGCGUCACCUCAAUGACCUUCUGGAGGACAGGAAAGUCUUGGCUCAGGACAUAACUCACCUCAAGCAGCAGAUUGAUGCCGGGGAGCGUCCUGCUGCCAAAAUCAGGCGUCGGACACUGCUCAUUUCUGAGUUGGAGACCCAGGGGGCGCUGGAAACGCCUCUGACCAAACAGGUGGAGAACCUGAAGACGGAAAUGGAACUCAGGAAUGCCCAGAUAGCCGACCUUCAGCAGAAGGUCCUUGCCGCAGACAGCGAGGGGCGCCUGAAACAGCGAAUAGAUGGCAUCACGAGCAUUGUUGAUGCCAAGUGUGCGGUCAGAGUCCUGAUGGCUGAGCUGCUGUCAGCAAAGACGGCUGCAGCCAAGCUGGAGAGUGAACUCCAACAGGAGACGGCAAAUGGACGAGACUUAAACAGAAUGUUGGCUGAUGAACGAAUCGUGAUGUCCACCAUGGACAUGGAGCACCAGCAGCAGCUUGUGGACUUGGAGCAGAGACAUCAAGAGAAAGUCCAUUGUCUCCUCAACCAGCUCCAGAACAAAUCCAUUUGUGAAACUAAGCAGAAAGAUGAGGAGAGAUUAAAGGAGAAGGAGCUCCUGCAGUGUCUCAAAGUUCAGCUUGUGUCAGCAAAGACGGAUGUGGCCAAGCUGGAGAGUGAACACCAACAGGAGAAAGCAAAUGGACAAGCGUUAAGCAAAAUGUUGGCCGAGGAGCGACGCCUGAUGUCCACCAUGGACAUGGAGCACCAGCAGCAGCUUGUGGAAUUACAGCAGAGGCAUCAAGAUAAAGUCCAUUAUCUCCUCGACCAGCUCCAGAACAAACCUGUUUGUGGGGAGUCGGAUGAAACUGAGCAGAAAGAUGAGGAGAGCUCAAAGGAGAAGGAGCUCCUGCAGCGUCUCAAAGUUCAGGAUGAGGAGCUCCAGAAACUGCGUGUUCUGUGCGAGCGGAACCAAAACCUAGCGGAGCAGCACAGACUGGAGGAAGAGGAUGACUGGCGUCCUGACAAACUGGAAAAGGGACGCCGGACCUCGAGGAAACCGAGGGCAACAGGGUGUUCUUGUAAAGGCUGCUGUAUCAACAAUUAUUGUCGUUGCCGUAAAGGGAAGAUGACUUGUAGUGAGAAUUGCCAGUGUGACCACGAGAAAUGUCGAAAUAUGGACAACCUGGUUGCCGCUGAGGAUGAGAGCCAGAGUGAAAAUGUUUCCAGAGACUCUGUCAGUCCGGACGGCUCCUUCUUCAUGCCGCCAUCUUGCACACCAACAAAGAAGGUGCUGGAACUAAAGUUAGUUCGUAAGCCUGUUUCACAAGAGGAAGAACAGGAUGUGGAUCAAGAGGAAGACAGGAGGUUCCUUAAGAAGAAGAAACGGCUCCUAACAAGUUUUCAGAACAGUUUUUUCUCUGGCUGCACGCCGAUCAGAGAGGAAUCGUGACUGUUUUAAUGAACUUGUGUUGAGUUGUCCACACAUCUUGGCCUAUGUGGGCUGUCCUACUGUGCGACUUGCGUCCGAGCUGUUUCGUUCUGAAGGUUUGUGUAGAGGGCAGGAAAUGAACCGUGAACACUUUCAAAAGAUGCAAGAUGCACGAAUGCAAAAUGAGAUGCUCAUGAAAUCUGCACAAUUUGCGGUUUGUUCUUUGUCUUUGAGCAACUCUAUUUUUAGUGACAAAGGUUAAUAAAGUCUUAGGGUCAAAUCUU